CCGUCCAUGGAUGUGCCUCUACUCACACCUAUGCGAAAUCUCCUAUCAUAAGAGCCACGAGCACGCUGUCGUAAGGUUCAGAUUGUGCUAAGCAGUAGCUCCGAGUAACACAGAGCCUGUCCAGUGACGUUUCAUCUGCUUUUCACUUCGAGUUUGCUCGCACUUACUUACGUGGCGUGUACUCAACGUUCGUACAACAUGUGCGGAAUUUUCGCGUAUCUGAACUACCUGACGCCGAAAAGCAGGAAGGAAAUUCUGGAGUUACUGGUUGGCGGGCUUAAGAGAUUGGAGUAUCGAGGCUAUGAUUCAGCAGGCGUCGCCCUUGACAGCGCCGACGGCAAGGAUAUCUCGAUAAUUAAGAAGCAAGGAAAAGUCAAGGCUCUCGAGGAGGAAAUUUCUCAACAUAAUGAACUCGACUUCGAAUCGAAGACUAUGAGCCAUGUGGGCAUCGCACACACGCGUUGGGCGACACACGGUGUGCCAUCGGAAGUGAAUUCCCACCCUCAGCGGUCAGACACCGAGAAUGCGUUCUUGGUGGUGCACAAUGGUAUCGUGACCAACUACAAGGAAGUGAAGACGUUGCUUCAGCAACGGGGGUACGUCUUCGAAAGCGAGACCGACACGGAAGUAAUUGCGAAACUCAUUCACCAUCUCUGGGUACAGCAUCCGGGUUACUCGUUCCGCGAGCUCGUCGAGCAAGUUGUCCAACAAUUGGAAGGCGCGUUCGCUCUCUGCUUUAAGAGCAAGUAUUUCCCAGCCGAGUGCGUGGCCACGCGAAGAGGAUCGCCGCUUCUCGUCGGUAUUAAAACGAAAACAAGAUUGGCCACCGAUCAUGUGCCCAUCCUCUAUGGCAAAGAUGAACUUCCACGUGUAAACAAAGAAGGUGAAGCACCGACCAAAGACCAUCGCCCACACGGCCGCAAUGCCGAACUUCCGGUAAUACCGCGCAGCGAGAGCACUUCCGAGUUCCAACCCUUGGAGGACAAAGAAGUGGAGUACUUUUUCGCCUCUGACGCCAGCGCUGUGAUCGAGCACACGAAUCGUGUUAUAUUUUUGGAGGACGAUGAUGUAGCCGCGGUUAAAGAUGGUGCUCUCAGCAUCCAUCGCGUUCGUCGGUGCUUGGACGAUCCUCACGCGAGAGAAAUUACCACCCUGAAGAUCGAGAUCCAACAGAUCAUGAAAGGCAACUACGAGUACUUCAUGCAGAAGGAAAUCUUCGAACAGCCCGAGUCGGUGGUGAACACUAUGAGAGGACGUUUGAAUUUCCGGGACAACUCGGUCACUUUGGGAGGCAUCAAAGAUUACAUUCCUGAGAUUAAGAGGUGCAGACGCCUGAUGCUUAUUGGUUGUGGGACGAGCUAUCACUCCGCCAUUGCCACCAGACAGCUUUUGGAGGAGCUGACCGAACUGCCAGUUAUGGUCGAGCUGGCCUCUGAUUUCUUGGACAGAAAUACGCCGGUGUUCAGAGACGACGUGUGUUUCUUCAUCUCUCAAUCAGGCGAAACAGCAGACACGCUGAUGGCUUUGCGUUACUGCAAAGGUCGUGGAGCUCUGAUCGUCGGAAUCACGAACACCGUAGGCAGCAGCAUAUGCCGCGAAUCGCAUUGCGGAGUUCACAUAAACGCUGGCCCCGAGAUCGGUGUGGCCAGUACCAAGGCCUACACUUCUCAGUUUAUUUCUCUAGUGAUGUUUGCUCUGGUCAUGAGCGAGGACAGAAUUUCCCUCGGUACUAGACGUCAACAGAUCAUCGAAGGACUAAAGAACUUGGACAACCUGAUCCGCCAAGUUUUGCAGCUCGACGAAAAGGUGAAAGAGCUUGCUGCGUCUCUGUUCCAACAUAAAUCUCUAUUGAUAAUGGGCAGAGGUUACAAUUUCGCCACAUGCAUGGAAGGUGCCCUGAAAGUUAAAGAGUUGACUUACAUGCACAGCGAGGGUAUCAUGGCCGGUGAAUUGAAGCAUGGACCCUUGGCACUCGUUGACGACUCCAUGCCCGUGUUAAUGAUCGUUAUGAGGGAUCCUGUUUACACGAAAUGCAUGAACGCGUUGCAACAAGUAACCGCGCGAGACGGUAAACCGAUCCUCAUUUGCGAGGAAGGGGACGAGGAGACCAAAUCGUUCGCGGACAAAGUCCUCGAAGUGCCUAAGACAGUCGAUUGUUUGCAAGGGAUCCUUACAGUCAUACCGAUGCAAUUGCUAUCGUUCCACAUCGCGGUACUUCGCGGUUGCAACGUGGAUUGUCCUAGAAAUUUGGCGAAAUCGGUCACGACCGAAUAAAACACGAUCGACAGGGUACAUCGGUGAUUUAUUUCGAACGCAGCAUGCACGUGCUAAUCGUAGAAUUCGAUGGAGGACCAGAGAAAAUGUGAUUUUCAAACUGCGUGGUGGUGUUCCCGCCACGACGAGAAAUCGUGUAAUUUUUCGUUGACUAACGCGUUUCUAAGUACUUAGCGAUUAUAGACUCGUAUAUGUAUCAGAGUACGAACGUGAUCAGAAACGAAUGUUCCUUAUGUUCGUACACGAGUAUCAUGCAGUUCUUUGAGUUAAUCAUUUGGACCAUCUUUAGCCUUUAUAUCUAAUCGUACAAUAGGUGGUUAAGUAUACCGUUAAAGAUCAACGAGAACGUUCCUUGUUUGGGAAAACCAUCAAAUGGAUUUCCCAAUAAAUGAUUACAGUGCAUUUAACGGUUGUUCAUAUUCAUAUCAAUUAGGGUGGAAUGAGAUUGGUAACGUGACGCUUUUCAAAUUACAGGCUGAUGUGAUGUUUAUUUCGUAAUUGAGCCGAAUACGACUGUGGUGGAAAAGUUGUCAUGUACGGAAUCAUGGAAAUUACAUAAGUUAUUCUAAAAUGUGUGCAUGUGAAUGUGUGUAUUAUGAAUUCUCGAUCGGGCGAGGAAAUUAGCUACAAAUGAACUUAUGAAUAUGGGUGAUCGCCAUUCCCUUUACCUUCGUGAAAUAACGAUUAUCAUACGCUUUCAAAAACUUAUAUUUUGUACAGUAUUUUAAAGGAACAGCCGAAAUUUGAUACUUUCCUUUUACUUUGUUAAGAACAGAAGUGUAUUUAUGAAUUAAGUUACCGAUAUGGUAUAAUCAUGUUCAACUUUAAGACUAUAUAAAUACGAACUUUAUUUAUAAAACAAUGCUUAGAAUUCAUAAAGUGAUACAUCAUUUUUUUUAGUCCAUAGAUCUUGAAACGUUUUUCGUUUACUACAUUGCAGAAUAACGUUAUUCAAGAAGAAAUAUGCAUUUACUGAGAUUAAUCAAGGUGUUGGAAAACCCACCACCUGCAAUUUUAUCCAUAAAAUCGUGCAUAUAGGUUUCUGCUAUAUAUCCAAGGAUAAACGAACUUUUAAUGAACAUAAAUAUUCUAUAAUUUAAGUUACUAUAACGUGUUUUGAUGAAUUGUGAUUGUGUUGAGCAAAAAAAAAAAGAAUAUGUGUUGAACUUAUUUUGAUCUAGACAAGCACAAAUUAAAAAAGAAAACUAAAGAUUAGAAUUGGUAUGUAAUGUAAUGAAUAAACUGUUCAACAAACAAAUA